GUUAAAGUGUAUGCACUGUUCUGCCUUGUCUAUUGAUGCGCGACGGAAUGCCAGACUAGACUACUAUAAAAUUUGCUGCGCUUUAUUCUGAAAAGCCAAUACGCGGAAGUGACAUCUGUAAGACGCCAAAGUGGACGGAAGGGAAAGUUGAUCGUGCGGUGUUGGACUGAGCCAGAAGAUGUCUCAGACCAGUGACCCGGACCCAGAGCCUCGGCUCUACAGUUUAACUCGACAGGCUUCUCCGAUCAUUGCUCACGUUGUCUGCGUUGCCUUCACGGUCUUCAUGGCUUUCCUGUCCAGACCUGGCACAAGCUGGUUCUCCUGGCACCCUCUUCUCAUGACGCUUGCAUUUUCUCUUUUCAUGACGGAGGCUGUGCUCCUCUUCUCCCCCCGCGGCUCCCUCUUCCAUUCGUCCACACACAAGACCAAAGGUCGAGUCCACUGGCUGCUGCAGGUCGUGUGCGUGUCCUGCGCUGUUCUGGGUCUGACGGCCAUCUACUACAACAAACACCUGACUGGUAAACCUCACUUCACUUCCGGACAUGGGAGGCUUGGUUUGUUCACUGUGCUGGCGGUACUGUUGCAAUCGCUAGCAGCUAUGCCUCUCAUCUACACCUCUCUGGCCAAAGGUUGGUCACUGGCGCGACUCAAGCGCUACCACACUGCCUCGGGACUGGUCUCCUACUUGUUAGGUUGUGUCAGCCUACUACUGGGCCUCUGCUCCGCCUGGUUCACGGCCUCAGUCAACAGCAUCACCUGGUACCUGGCUGCACUCUGUCCUGUGCUCAGCGCCUUCGCCAUCAUGAGCCAAGUGACCAGGGCCUAUGUGGCCAAAAAACGUUUCCAGUCCUGAUGGUGGCAACACAGUGAAACACUUCCAGCUUUGCUCUUCGCAAGUUGCAUUCAAGACAAUACAGCACAAACGGCUGUUGUUGGAUUUUAAGGGGUAAGAGCUGUUAACAUGUUCACAUGGACCACUCUUACCGGAAUACACGUCCGAUCUGAUACAAAAAUGCAUAAGUAAACAUGUCUUUCCAAAACAAAAACUCGCUGUAGCGGGUGGACGUUAAUAUCAAAAUAAUGCAAUAUCAAUGUAUUAAACAAACAUACAACAUACAGAUACAAAUACAUUGAAUGGUGUAAUAUUCUUUGCUAAAACGAGUUGCUGGGUGACAGAUGGCCAUUUGUUUACAUGUUUCGAAGGAGUAGUGUGAAAAGUCUUCAUCUUCGCUUCCGGCUAUUUACAAUAUUGCGCUUGUCAGAAUAAUUCCAGAAGUCACCGCUGCAUGGCACGGACAUCUGAAUCGGAUGUUUUCACUGCAUGAAAACGGAAUGCUUAGUUUCUGAUCACAGCUACUGUCAGAUCUUAAGGGAAUCAUUCCAGAAUUAAAACGCCUUCAUUGUUUGUGUGAACCUGAACUUUAAACGGUGCCUUUUAUUAGAACUACUCAGGAAAUUAUCACUUACGUUGUACGUUGAAAUAAAGCUUUUCAUGAAUAACUCCAGCUUGAACAGAAGGGUGUUUUAUUGGUAAAAUAACAUUGAUAGCACAAGUCAUUUUCCCUCUCUGGAUCAACUUUUCAUGUGAACAAAAGGGAUUAAAAAAAGAGGAAUUACAAAUUUUCAUCAUAAAUAAAUAUAUUUCUGACGUUUGCAAUGACAGAUGAUCGACUGCCAAGUGAGUGUACAUUGAUAACAAGGUAUAAAAAAAAAUACAAAAACAUGUUUAAAAAAAUGUUUUGAGAGGACACUGAUGAAAUUUACAGGAUUCUUCAAAGUUUUAACUUUGCCAACAAUGCGUCACCAAUAAUGUGCACAGCGUCUCUAUGAAAUGACUGAACGGCUCAAAGUACCGCAAGAGGACAGGUGCACAAAAGACUCAACUUGACAGACGACAGAACGUAGCAGGACCACCAGAAUAGAAGUCAGCUCAGAAGGCCACGACACCAGCUUGACUCGGUUCUGCCACAGUCACUGGAGGAUUUAACUGUACGAAAGUUUGAUCGCAGGUUUAGAAACAGACCUCUCCACAGUUUGUGGCUCCAUCCAAAAUCCUCGACAGUGGAUGUCACACCACAUCCCAAGUCUCGCCACUUUGUUUUUAAGGCUAAAACUGAAAAAAAGCACAGAAUAAAACACCUGUGUUUGUAAGAGCUGACAUGAAAGUACAUUCAUUGUUUUUUUUAAAUGAAAGUGUAUACAUGUUUACCCUCAUAAUAUCACUAUAAUAAACCGUCUUCCUACGUCCUACACACGGCACAGUAUUGACUUGCAAUAUGGACAAUUAUAGCGACCACUAUUUACAAACUAUUGACAGUUUCACACGUAUCCUUACAGAAAGGGGCGUGGCUACCAUAGCUAUCAAACUCUACAGACUAAAAUAUCAUGUCAAAAGAUACCAGCCCGAGUGAAAACGAUAGACAAAACAAGUCAGCUUUGUAACAC